AUCUGAUGAUGAUCGUGUAUUGACAGUUGCUUUGAUCUCUUGAAUCACCUUGGCUCUUGUAUAACCAACAGUUGCCAAAGCAUCCCCAGGUUUGGCUCGCCCUAGACUUUGCAUAUUCCUGCACUUUCUACGACUCUACACCAACACACAAUGGAAUACAUCUUUGGAGCGAGUGGUAACAAUGCCAUUGGAAACAGGAAGCUGCAGGUGCGUAUCGGUCCAUCAAUACACUCACUCACCAUAUGCAACCCAAACGACGAAGUCACUCCCCAUUUUAUCGACUCUCCAUAUUUUGUUGGUCACAUCGUUGUGCGUAUCAAGGACUUUCGAGGCAUUACUCCCAAAGACCAGCCCAUCAAGCAGGCUACAGAAUACUUUGGAACCAAGAAGCGUCUAUUUGCCUUGCAAGUCUGUGGCAGGUUUAAGCAUGAAUACAUGGCAGAUGAUAUCAUGUUUGGUGCCGAAUUUGAGCGAAAGGUGGUUCCGCCUACUGGGUCAUGGGUUGCACUCAAGUUUGCAAACUUGAUUGAUCCAGCAUUGCAAGCAGAUGUUUAUGCCGAAAAGCCGUGGCUGUUUAGUCCUAUUUUAUGCUCCAUGAAUAUAGUCAACGUAACUAAAUCAUCGCAAGCCAUUUCUGGUGCAGCACCACUUGAUCCCGCCUAUGUCAAGAAGAUAGGCGAGACUUCUGUUUCGUCGAAACUGUCAUCUGCAAGUGCAAAUCCGAAUCUUUUGGCUGGGCCUGACACUUCAUUCAAGCGAUCUCCCGAGUCUGAAAUCUCAAUGUCCACUGCGACUGUAGUAAGCAAACCAUCGCCUACUGAGCUUCUUGGAGAAUGGUUGUGGAGUGGGUCAAACGAACUUGUGGAAAACAAUACUUUGCUAUCCAUUGAUGACAAGGAAGCCACAUUUCCUUCAGACUCUAUUUCCAAAAGAAGAAAAUACUACCAAAAGGCCAAGGUUAGAAAGAACACUAUUUUCCGACCUGAAAAUAUCUAUAAUUUUGAGAUCUUUGCACCCUUUAUUGAUUUAAACACAUUUGAUCUUAACCUCGGUAUCAGCAUGAACCUGUUGCGAUAUCUCAAGAGACAGCCUUUGCGGCUAAUGGCCAAGUCACAGUCCAAAAACAUCUAUUUGUUUGUGGUCGAGUUUGAUCUUGUAAAAACAUCCGACUCUGAUUCUGAGGAACUGGAAUAUGACACAGAAACGCCUGAAGAAGAACCUGUUUCUGACAGACAAAAUCCGUUGCCAGAGGAGCAUGAUGACAGCAAUAGACCCACUCUUGAAGCCGCCUGAAAUUGAGUUUUUUAUAAUGGUAUGGUUUGCGUGGUCAAGGACCAGUGGGAAUUGCGUAGGCUACAGAUGAUAGAUGUAGCAUGCAUUAUGUCUGGCCAACUUCGUGAAUUAACACAGACUCGGAUCAAUAAAAGAUGGUUGAACACAAUG